UUUACUAGAGAACAAACUGAAUCUUUGCUGUGAAUUGGAGAUGAGGUUUAGUGGCUUUGUUGUUCUUUUCUUUGGACUCCACAUUACCCAUGUCACCUGCUAUAGUUCAGGACUUGUCAAUGUAGCAUGUGAAACUAUGACACCGAGACAUGCCAGCAACUCUCCUCAAACAAGUGAGCCGCCAUACACAGUGUCUGCAUCUAACUACUCAUUCAGCCCUGGAGACCACAUCACAGUUACCCUUCAAGCAAACCCAAAUGUAUUCUUCAAAGGAUUCCUUCUUCAGGCACGCUCUGUGCCAGGAAAUAAUAUUGUUGGGUAUUUUAAUGUGACGGACUCCAAUGCGCAGACCCUUAGCUGUAGUAACACAGAAGCCUCAGCUGUCAGUCACACCAGUGCCAUCAACAAGUCCAAUAUUUCAGUACUGUGGACAGCACCAAUGGCUUCUGGGGAUGUAAACUUUAGAGCCACGUUUGUCCAGUCAGGACCUAUGUUCUGGGUUGGGGUUGAAAGUCCUCUUCUUACAGUGGUAUCUAGUUCCAGCCCACCUACUAACUCCACCUCAGCUUUGCCAUCAUUGUCACCAACAAACCAUUAUGCUACCAGCAGCUCAAGUCCUUCAAACAUCUCUACUUCAACCUUGCCAUCGUCAACGUCAACGUAUUAUGUUACCAACAGCUCCAGCCGAUCGAACAUCACCACUUUCAAUUUCACUUCAGAUGCACCAACUAUGUCCCAAACGACUCUUCGUGUUGCUACCAGCCUUCCUCCCACUCAAAUAUCUAGUUCGUUAUGUGGCACACAGAAGGUUUGUUUCAGUAGCCCAGCAGAUUGUGACCCUUCCAAAAGUAUUAACUGCUUCUUCAUGUCCUCUUCUCCAGUCAAUGGUGGUGGAUAUCAGUUGGAGAUCAGUGGGCCAUCGGAUGGAUAUGUGUCCAUUGGGUUUUCAGAUGACAAAAUGAUGGGUAAUGAUGACAUUUAUAUCUGUGGUAUGAAUUCAGCUGGAGGGGUUGGAAUUCAACAUGCAUAUUCAGAAGGGAGAUCCCGACCUCUAACUCUAAACCUAGGUGAUGUGCAAGUUAAUCUGGCAUCGUAUAGUAGUGGGGUGAUGCAGUGUUCAUUUGUUUCAAGAAACAACAUCUCAACACAACAACCUUCUCAACAGACCAGGUCCCUCAACAGUUCAUAUUAUAUACUCAUGGCAUAUGGGGCCUCAAACAAUGGGCAGAUACAGUAUCAUGGCACAACUGGGACCUUCAUCAGUGACACCAAAGUAGAUCUUUCUGUGGCAUCUAAUGUGACAACUGCUUCAUUUGGUGUUAGCCCUUUGGUCAAGGCUCAUGGAUCCCUGAUGCUUAUUGCUUGGAUGACUACUGGUAGUUUGGGGAUGAUCUUUGCACGGUACAUGAAGGUCUCUGCCAAGCAGCUGGUGUUAGGCAAAGCUAUCUGGUUCCAGUCUCAUGUCGUUCUCAUGGUUCUUACGGUGGCUGCAACAAUAGCGUCCUUUGUUAUGGCCUUUGUACAGGCAAACGGGUGGAGCAAUUAUGCCAACAACCAUGCUAUCAUUGGGUGCAUCGUCAUGGGUCUAGCGUUCUUUCAGCCCAUCAUAGCUGUCUUUCGACCUUCACCUGAGAGCAGCCGGAGAGUCAUCUUUAAUUGGUUCCAUGUCCUCAAUGCCUUUGUGAUGAAAGUUUUGGCAGUGGCCAACCUGUUCCUGGGGUUUCAGUUAAUAAACGGCACAUCUGGCUGGAUGGUCAAGGUGAUGGGAGGCUUUUUGGGCUGGGGAGCUCUAAACGUAAUUCUCUUCGAGAUCAACGCAUUCCUGGCAAGGAAAGAAAAGAAGAAAACCUGGAAUGCUAAUGAAGACUCGGAAGGCUUGGUAAAAUAUGAGUUUUAUCUGCUGCCUAUUUACCUAUGUGGGAAUCUCGCAUUCUUGAUAGCACUGCUUGUGGGAAUCGGACAAUCAUAGGAUGAAGUCCUCAAAUCAGUUAUACACGAAUUCUGAACCUACAACUUGUGAAUUGCAUGACUUAUGAAGAAAAAGAGAAUUAAGCAUACAAAACAGAGGAGUAGGAAUUACUAAACACAUGUAGCUGCUUUGUUAUGGAUCAU